AUGUUUUCAUUAAAUAAUGUCCUUUAUUGCCAAGCUGGACUUGGAGCCCUAGCCAAUAUAUUUCUUCUUUUUUUCUACACUAUCAUAAUCCUAUGUAACAGAUCUAAGCCCAUGGACUUGAUCUCCUGCCAACUGAGCUUCGUUCACACAAUGAUGUUCCUCACUGGAGGGGAUAUUUGGCUUACAGACUUAUUUGAGUCACUGAACAUUGAGAAUGACUUCAAAUGCAAGGCAACUUUUUACAUAAACAGGGUGAUGAGAGGCCUCUCUAUCUGCAUCACCUGCCUCCUGAGUGUGUUCCAGGCUGUCACUAUCAGUCCCAGUACAUCUUUGUUGGCAAAAUUUAAACAUAAGCUUAAAAAAUAUGUGAUCUAUUCUUUCUUCUAUUUUUGGUCUUUCAAUUUGUCCUUCAGCAGUAACCGGAUCUUCUAUGUUGGUGCUUAUACCAACGUGAGUGAGACCAACCAGAUGAAGGUCACUAAAUACUGCUCACUCUUCCCCAUGAACUACAUCAUCAGGGGAUUGAUUUUAACAAUGACAACCUCCAGAGACGUAUUUCUUGUAGGAGUCAUGCUGACCACAAGUGCAUACAUGGUGAUUAUCUUGUGCAGACAUCAGAGGCAAUGCAAGCAUCUUCAUAGCAACAGCCACUUGAGAUCAUCCCCUGAGAAAAGGGCCACCCAGACCAUCUUGCUCCUGGUGGUUUUCUUUGUGGUCAUGUACUGGGUAGACUUCAUCAUAUCAUCCACCUCAGUCCUGUUAUGGGUGUAUGACCCAGUCAUCCUGACUUUUCAGAAGUUUGUGAUGAAUGCCUAUCCCACAAUUACUCCUUUGUUACAAAUCAGUUCUGAUAACCGAAUAAUCAUUACUCUGAAAAAUAUGCAGAAAAUAUACCACCAGAUUUUUAAAAAAGGGUAGUUUUUUGUU